CCGCGAUGCAACUUCUCAGCGGCUUCCUUCUGGCUCUCGCCCUGCAGAUGGUGGGCGCGCAGAGACAGAACAAGGUUCGUCCAAACAACACCACUGAAGGGGCAGUUCUAUCCUUUGAGGACGUUUGGAAUCGCAGCUACUGCCAGCCCUUGGAAAAACUGGUCAGUAUUAUGUCAGAGUACCCUAGUGAAGUAGAGCACGUAUUCAGUCCUUCCUGCGUCUCCCUGCGCCGCUGCAGCGGGUGCUGCUCCGAUGAGAAGCUCCAGUGUGUCCCGACAGAGACGGCCAACGUCACCAUGCAGGUCAUGAAGAUCCAUUCAGAGAAGCAGGCGCCCUACGUAGAGCUGUCCUUCGUUGAGCACAGGAAAUGUUUGUGCAGGCCUCGACAAAGUGCUGUGAAGUCUGGGAGGGGGAGGAGACCCAAGGGACGCAGCAAGAGGAAGCGGGCAAAGCAGAGACCCAAAAAAUUGAUCUCUAAGUGA